AUGGAAAAGAUUGAACUUGAAUAUGAAAAAACAACGGAAGAUGCCUGUGCCUAUUUAAACGAAUUUCUACGAAGUGAAACAGCAAGUCAAGUAAGCAAAUCGUUGUCGCAUGACACAGUGAGUAAACUUUAUAUUUCUAAAGACCGGCCGGUUUCACAUAAUACUGUGCGACAAAGUGUCAAAAUUCCAAGUAUGUGGCGUAAUUGGACCGGGUUCGAUGCGCAAAACGUUUGUGGGCGUGAAGCACCUCAUGCCUCUAACAUCAAAGACGAAUUUGAAAAAGGCAACGCUAUGAGUUCAGGCAUCGAUCCUACAUUAGGACAAGACCUUUGGAGGCAACUCAAACGUGUGGAAAUUCCAGUGUUCAAUGGUGAUAAGCGAGUUUACCAAUCAUGGAAAGCAGCAUUCCUUGCUUGUAUUGACAGAGCGCUAGCCACAGCAGAGUACAAACUUCUUCAGCUAAGACAGUACUUAUCUGGCGAAGCGUUAAAAGUAAUUGAAAAUCUUGGGCACUCGGCGUUUGCAUAUCAAGCAGCAAAAGAUCGACUUGAAAGGAAAUAUGGGGGCAGGCGUCGACAGAUAGCAAUUUACCUAGAAGAACUUGAACACUUCGAAAACGUCCGACUUGGCAACGCAAAAGACCUAGAACAAUUUGCCGAUAUAUUAGACGUAGCAAUUAUUAAUUUGCAGGAAGCGGAUCAACACCACGAACUUGGAAUUGGUUCAUUAUAUGCAAAAUUACAAAGAAAAUUACCAGAAUCGCUCUUGGCACGAUAUCAUCGUUGGGUCUUUGAGGGUAAACACAAUGAGUCAGUAUUGUCGCUACGGACAUGGGUUAUUCAAGAGGCAGAAUUCCAAACUAUCGCGUCAGAGACCGUGCAAGGAAUGUCAGGAUAUUUGAUGUCAGAGCAUACUUCGAAAAAGACGAACUCUAACAAUCACAGAUCGUUUUUUGGUGGUUCCGAAGAAAGCGGGAAAAUAUCUAAAUGCAGAGUAUGUGACAAACAGCAUGGAGUAUGGAACUGUGACAAUUUUAAAGAAAUGAACGUUUCACAACGGUGGGACAAAGCAAAACAACUUUAUCUUUGCUAUCGUUGCCUUGGGUUUAACCAUGUCGGAAAGUCAUGCCGUCGAAGUAGACAAUGCGGACACAUUGGAUGUGAAAAGCUGCAUCACAGACUGUUACACAGAGAUGCGCAAAAGAGCAUGAAAUCCAACGCUGCUGACAGGCCAGUUCAAUCUCCUACGGAAGAGAAUGGGGCAACAUAUUUGUCAGCAAAAAGUCAUACCAGAUCUGAUUUAGUAGGGCUCCGAACAGUUCCGGUUAUUCUCGCAAAUGGAAAUCGGUCGAUAACUGUAAACGCAUUGCUAGAUGACGCAAGUACAAAAACGUACAUCAAUAGUGACGUAGCGGCAGAACUCGGCUGUAAAGGUAGAACGGAAACGGUCAAGGUCAAUGUUCUGAAUUGUCAAGUCGAGACUUUUGAAACUAGACCAGUUAAAUUCGAAAUAAGAAGUGUCAACGGAAGCGUAAAGAUAAAUGUAGCAGCAUAUACAGCUAACAAAGUAACAGGAGACAUGGAAGUUGUUGACUGGAACAAGUACCAAAGAAAAUGGCCACAUCUUCGUGACGUAACAUUUCCAAAAGCUACGACCAGACCUAUUGUUGACAUCUUAAUUGGAGUUGAUUGUGCAGAUUUACAUUAUGCACUGGAAGAAAGAAGAGGUAGAGCAGGGGAGCCAAUAGCGCGUCUUACUCAACUUGGAUGGACAUGCAUCGGUAAUCCGUGUUCAAAUUUAACACCGGUCCUACAAAAAAAUUAUGCGCGAACAUACUUUGUAAGAGACGUAACGGAAAUCGAGACUCUAAACCUGACUCUUAAGAAAUUCUGGGAAGUUGAAAGGGAAUCAACUGAAUCACCUGUCGUUAACAUUGACGAGCAACAAGCACUUAAAGCAGUAAAACAGUCGUGCAUAUUCGAAAAUCAGAUGUAUCGCGUCGCAAUUCCAUGGAAAAGCAACGAAACUGUAAUGCUAAAAAAUUACAAAAUGGCACUGAAUAGAAUAGAGAACACACAAAAAAGACUUAAACGAUGUCCUCAGGAAGCUAAAGCAUACAGCGAAUGCAUCGAACAAUACGUAGAAAAGGGGUACGUGUCAAAAGUUUCGGAUUCUGAAGUGUCCAAUUCAAAAUGGUUCCCACCUCAUUUUCCUGUUCUGAGGCCAGAUAAAGAUACAACAAAAACCAGAAUCGUGUUUGAUGCUGCAGCAAAAUUUGAAGACGUAUCACUAAAUGAUAAAAUGCACCAAGGCCCAAAGCUACAGCGCGAUCUGUUUGACGUUUUGCUAAGAUUCAAGAAGCAUCCCGUUGCAGUAGUUUGCGACAUAGCCGAGAUGUAUCUCAGAAUAGGCAUCGAUCACGCGAACAAGCCAUAUCACAGAUUCCUAUGGAGGGGAAUGAAUCAUAACCGUUGUCCCGAUAUCUACGAUUUUGAUAGAGUCGUGUUCGGUGUUAAUUCAUCACCAUUACAAGCACAGUAUGUCUUACAGCAACGCGCAAGGGAAAAUCUCAGCGCAUUUCCAUUAGCUGCUGAAAACCACUCUCUAACCAAUUCAACACGAGAGCGGUUUCAUCCUGAGAGAGACAUCAAGAUUGGCGAAGUCGUUCUUAUCAUUAAUCCGGAAACGACGAGGGGAAACUGGCCACUAGGACGGAUACUCGAGUUUUAUCCAGGACAAGACGGUCGAGUGAGAGUCGUACACAUUCAGGUUGGAAGCAGCACCAUGACGAGAUCGGUGACAAAGCUAUGCCCGUUAGAACAAUUAAUGAUUAGAAUAUCGAAAAGAACAUACAAUUAA